CCAAAGAGUAUGGAUUCCUGCAGUCACGAAAGCUUCAAAUCAAUAUAGAAAUAGGUGGCUCAAAUAGGUGGCUGCAAGAGAUGGCUGAAAUAGGUGGUUGAAAUAGGUGGUUGAUAGUGGUGGCUGAAAGAGGUGGCUCAAAUAGGUGGCUCAAAUAGAUGGCUGAAAGAGGUGGCUGCAAGAGGUGGCUGUAAGAGGUGGCUGUAAUAGGUUGCUGUAAUCGGUGGCUGAAAUAGGUAGUUAAAAAAAGGUGACUGAAAUAGGUGGCUAAAAUAGCUAAUUGAAAUAGGUGGCUGCAAGAGGUGGCUGAAAUGGGUGGCUGAAAUAGGUGGCUGAAAAGGUGGCUGCAAGAUGUGACUAUAAUAGGUUGCAGUAAUCGGUGGCUGAAAUAGGUAGUUAAAAAGAUGACUGAAAUAGGUGGCUAAAAUAGCUAAUUGAAAUAGGUGGCUGAAAGAGGUGGUUGAAAGUGGUGGCUGAAAGAUGUUGCUGAAAUAGGUGGCUGAAAUUGUGCCUGAAAUAGGUAGUUUCUCUCCUGCACGGCAAUGUUGUAACAGGUGAUGAUUGGCUUUGUCCCGCUUCUAAUUCGUUGGCGAGAGAGUAAAAUGAAAGGUCACUUUGGAGACCCAGAGCAUGCGACGCAGGUAAAUCGGAAUCGAGUUUCAUUCGAAUAAACCUCGAAAUCGGAUACGCGAUUCUGAUGCCGAGCCUGAACAAUAGGAGGCGGAGAGUGGAGGGAGGGGGAGAAGCGGAGGGCAACAGGGAGCCAGGACUGCGGUUUGAGACCGUGGGGGAACAGCCAUCAUGUCAUCAGCGCCGUGCGUGACGGAGGACAUCCUGGAGGAAUUGCAGGUGGCUGCAGCCCAGAGUUUGGAACUGGUGGAUGCUGCUGAACAUUACGACAUCAUUAGAGAACUGGGCAAGGGAACGUAUGGAAAGGUGGACCUAGCGGUGCACAAGGGCUCCGGUACAAAGAUGGCCCUGAAGUUUCUGAAGAAGAAAUCGACCAAGUUAAAAGCUUUCCUACGGGAAUACAGCAUCACCAACUACCUCUCGACGAACCCUUUCAUCAUCAACAUCUUUAAUGUGACCAUGGAGACGGAGGAUGCGUACAUCUUUGCGCAAGAGUACGCUCCAGCAGGAGACCUCUUCGACAUCAUCCCGCCGCAGGUGGGGCUGCCCGAAGGCACUGUGAAACGCUGCAUCCAGCAAGUUGGCCUGGCGCUCGACUUCCUGCACGGCAGGGGGCUGGUGCACCGCGACGUCAAACCCGAGAACGUCCUCCUCUUCGACAGGGAGUGCCGGCGCGUCAAGCUUUCGGACUUCGGCAUGACGCGGCGGGCGGGCGCCCGGGUGAAGCGCGUGAGCGGCACCAUUCCCUACACGGCGCCCGAGCUGUGUGACGGGGCGCGCUCCGACGGCUUCUGUGUGCGGCCCAGCAUCGACGUGUGGGCCUUUGCCGUGCUGCUCUUUUGCAUGCUCACCGGCAACUUCCCCUGGGAGACGGCGACACCCGGCGACCCCUUCUAUGGCGAGUUCCUCUCCUGGCAGCGCCGCAAGGCUGCCGCCACGGCCGCCACCGGCACCGGCACGGCCUCCUCCGGCGCCGUCCCCUCGCAGUGGCGCCGCUUCUCGCCCGAUGCGUUGCGCCUCUUCCGUAGGCUGCUGGCCACGGACCCCUGCCGGCGCUGCGCCGUCGCUGAACUCUUCCGCUACGUGCAGCGAGACUGGAUGCUGGCGGGGGCUGCCAACGGCAACGGGGAUGGGGGGAGGCGGUCAGACGGGUGGCCUCGCGACGGCGGUGGCAUCACGGGGGAAGAGGAGGAGGAAGCGGACCGCCUGGCCUCGCUCGUGCAGCAGCACCGCAUCUCAUCACUGGACAGCCCCACGGGCAGCCACCGCCGCCUGCUCCUCCUCGGCCACUUCUCGUCCACGGACAGCCCGGGCUCCGUGUCGGCAUUGGCUGCUGCAGCAGCUCACCGGCUUAGCCACUUCUCGUCACUUGACAGCCCCACCACCGCCACCACGGCCCAUACCGGCGGUGGUGGCGGCGGCGCACGUGGCCGCCACUUCUCCCCGGGCGACGGCCCCCUCCCGGCGGCAGCAACAAGUGCCGACCGUCUGCGCCACUUCUCAUCGCUCGAUAGCCCCCCGCUGUCUGCCGGUGCCGCCGCCACCGCCGCCACCGUGCGCGCCCUGCGCCAGUCGCACUCGCAGUCGCCCCCCGCGGGGAAGAGCGGAGGGGGAGGCGGAGGGGGAGUUGGAGGAGGGGGAGGAGGAGGGGGAGGAGCGCGGGCGGCCAAUCGCAGCCACAGCUCGGGCCGCUCGCACAUCACGGCGAUCGAGAUCUGUGUGUGAGCGCCGGUGGCGACGAAGUUGACCCCCCACCGCCUGCCCGUCUGUCCCCGCGAAAACGGAAUUUGCGCGUUCAGAUCUAGUGAAGCCGCAUUGUGUUCUUUUACAGUAUCAGGGUUGCGAGGGGUUUUUUUGACGGACAUGAGAUAUGCGAGGGUUUGGCCUGGAAAAGGUGGCUUAAACCUGAGCCACUCGCUUGAUUUACCCCACUCAUUCAGCAGUUUCACCGCACUCAACAACGAUCAUUCACCAUACCCGUUCGCUACUAAGCGGCUGUGAUGUCCCCACAGCAUUUAGGGUGCGCCUUGUGCGUGGUUUUACUGACCGAAAUGACUUGCAAAUGCACCAGCUGUGCUCCCCACUUGUGCCCACUUUGUUGUGUUUUAGCCGCCCGGCGCUCCGCUCGUUGUUGUGAACGUUGCUCCUCCACCCUCUGUUGCCGUUGGAGGGCGACCGCCUCUAACUGCCCAGUCGUGUCCUUCAUGGGCCUCCUCCUCCACAGAGGCCGCUCUUAACACCACCAGGACCUGCCAUCGGCCCAUCCAAUCAGCUCCGCAUCCUCCUGUACCGCAUCAGUCCAUCUCAUCUUUAGCCUGUGCUAUCACCCAUCUAGCACCCUCUAUCUGGCCAAACAGAAGCUGUUUGGUCAUGCGGUAACUGAAACCACAUUGGGGCUCUGGAAGUCUUUCCUCAACGUGCCUUGGCAAGGUGAUGUUGAAUAAUCGUUGCCAGGACCUUUCCUGGGAUACUGAGGAGGGAGAUGCCCCUGAUAGUUGCUACAAUUAGUGCAGUUCACCUUUUAAAGGGGGUCCUUCCAAUCCUGCAGAAACCAUCAUGUGGUCCAGACGGUUAUAAUGAUGUAAUAGAGGUCAGCCUCCAUACGAAACUAAAACUAAUUUUUAUUUUAUUUUACGAGGUAAGGCCCACUGAGCGAUCAAUAUAGCUCUUUGUCAGAAGCGACCUGACCACAAAUCAUAGCUCAACGAAGUGACUUGCAAUGUGGAAAUUUUUCGC